UGCUUUAUCUCUGAGAUAACUUGUUUAGUAUAAAUGGAACAAUGUCUCUAAUCUAUCGAUUUUGUGUCAGUGGGGCAACUAGAAGGUAAGUUUGAUUCAGUUUUAGGUACAUACUUCUCUUGAACUGAACUAAACUGUUUUUAGGAGACAUCAUGAAGGGUCUCGCUAUAGUCGCCGUACUUAUUAUCGCCGCCAAUGGUCUUUCAGAACAGGAAAAAUGGCAACAAUUCAAAAUUCAACAUGGCAGAACCUACAGAACCCUUCUGGAAGAAAAGAGGCGCUUCGAAAUCUUCAAGUUCAAUCUACGCACAAUCGAAGAACACAACGAGCGAUAUCACAAUGGCGAAGAAACGUUUGAAAUGAGGAUCAACCAAUUUGGUGACAUGACCCAGGAAGAGUUUAAACGGAUGUUGGCUUUGCAGAAACCACAAAUACCCCUGCCUAGCGGGGAUGAGGUGUCAUUUGAUAAUGUCAAGGACAUACCUAAAACUGUAGAUUGGAGGGAGAAAGGCGCAGUUACCGAAGUGAAAAAACAAGGAAAUUGUGCUUCAUGCUGGGCUUUUAGUGCUGUAGGUUCAAUCGAAGGACAAGUAUUCCUGAAAAAUGGCUCUCUGGAAUCUUUGAGCGCCCAGAACCUCGUAGAUUGUGCUGGUAUAGAAUAUGGCAACUUUGGAUGUGAAGGAGGAUUGAUGGACUAUGCAUUCAACUACACCCACCAGCAUGGAAUACUUUCAGAUGCGGAGUAUCCCUACUGGGGAUUCACUAGAAGGUGUACGAAACAGGGUGGAGUUAAGAUAACAGGAUAUAAACAUGUGUCUAAAGGAGAUGAAGUAGUCCUAGCUAAGGCUGUCGGUAAGUAUUAUAAACGUGGUCUACCAAAAACUGAAAUGGUUUGGUUCUUACAAUCUAUGAUACUAUGUACCAAGGAUUGUCUAAUAUACAUGGUGCUAAUAAAGUAGCUAGCUUAUCAAACUUAAAGGGGUGAUACCUUGAGUGAUUAAGAAGGAAAGUUAAAAUAUGGUGUUCUAAGGGUCACGAUUUUCCUUUUCAGAAGUUUGAAAUAAAGCUAAUGUACGGUAAAACAGCAGCAAUACAGUAAGUAAAAAAUUUAGAGUAUCUGUUCAACUCCGUUAUUUAAGACUUUCAUGUAUGUGUUUCUAGGAAGAUUUGCUUAUUUUUUAAAAAACUAUACCGUGUGUAAAGUAAAGUGUGAACUGUAAGAACACCCCGUGAAAACAUAAGCAAUAAUGCUUCGUUUUUAAAAUACAGGUUGUCGAUUUUUUUUAUUUGGAUUAUUUGGAUGGAAUUUAAUGAAAUUUAUCCAGUAUCGCCUGAAAUUUCUCUAAAAUCAAUUAAGAAGGGCGCUUUAUUUAAACCUGAUAUGGCUAUAACUAUCUAGAUUGUGAGCUUUACUGUUAGGAGGUUUUGGUUUAGUCCUUAGUAGAUUUAAUUUAAAUUUUGAGCGUUACAUUUGAGCCCGCGAAAAAACAACUUGCGCGCUAUUCUCGAGUUAUAUUCGUAAUCGGACAAUUACCAAAUUCAAUACCUUCAAUUUUCUCCCUAGCUACAAUUGGACCAAUCUCAAUUGCCCUGGACGUAAGCCACAUUAUGUUCUACCGGAGAGGGAUUGUGUCAAAAUCGUGCGGUUGUAAAAACUCAGAGAACGACUUGAACCAUGGUGUCUUAUUGGUAGGAUAUGGUGAUGGUUAUUGGAUCGUGAAGAACAGUUGGGGAACAAUUUGGGGUGAACAGGGCUACUUUAGGUUGAAGAAAGAUGCUGGAAACACUUGUGGAGUUGCCACCUGGCCGUCAUAUCCUAUUUUGUAGUAUGGUUACUUUGUAAUAAAUCCUUUGAUAUUCAA